AUGGCCCCUGCCAGGAAAGCAGGUGCCCAGGCAGUGAUCUGGACGGCAGGUUGGCUGCUGCUGCCGCUGCUGCUCGGAGAAGCUCGGGCCCUGGAGUGCUACAGCUGCGUGCAGAAAGCAGACGACGGAUGCUCGCCGCAGAAGACCAAGACCGUCAAGUGCGCGCCAGGAGUGGAAGUCUGCACAGAGGCCGUGGGGGCGGUGGAGACCAUCCACGGACAAUUCUCGGUGGCCGUGCGCGGCUGCGGUUCGGGACUGCCGGGCAAGAAUGACCGCGGACUGGACCUUGCCGGGCUUCUGGCCUUCAUCCAGCUGCAACAGUGCGCCGAGGACCGCUGCAACGCCAAGCUCAACCUCAGCUCGCGAGCGCUCACCCCGGCAGGCAACGAGAGCGCGUACGAGCCCAACGGCGCCGAGUGCUACAGCUGCGUGGGGCUGAGCCGCGAGGCGUGCCGGGGCACCAAGCCGCCGGUCGUGAGCUGCUACAACGCCAGCGACCGCGCCUACAAGGGCUGUUUCGACGGCAACGUCACCCUGACUGCAGCAAACGUGACUGUUUCCUUGCCUGUCCGGGGCUGCGUCCAGGACGAGUUCUGCACCCGGGAAACGGUGACAGGCCCGGGGUUCACACUCAGCGGCUCCUGCUGCAAGGGGUCCCGCUGCAACGCGGACCUGCGCAACAAGACCUACUUCUCGCCGCGGAUCCCGCCCCUCGUCCUGCUGCCGGCUCCUCAGCCCACCCCCCGGGCUCCAGCCACCGGCGUCACCCCUUCCACCUCGACCCCGACCCCAGCCACGCCGGUCUCCACCACCAAACCCACUCCAGCCUCCGCCAGCCAGACUCCUCCAAAGGAAGUAGAACAUGAGAUCUCCCUGAAAGACGAACCUGGCUUGUCUGGAGGUGGUGUUGGUCACCAGGACCGUAGUAAUAAGGAGCAGUACGUCACAAAAAAUUGGGCCCAUAAUAAAGGCUCUGCAGCUCCCUUGGCAGGGCUGGCGCCUCUGCUGUUGGCGGUGGCUGUGGGCGCCCUGCUGUGAGCGUCUCCAUCUGGGAAACUCCCUCUUGCCCUCCUUGCCAGCCCCGGGGUACCCUCUCUUCCCUUUCCCACCACUGGACUGGGCUGGCCCAGCCCCGGUUUUUCCAGUUCACCCCAGUACUGCUGGCUUCUGCUGCACUGGUUUGCGGCUUCUUCGGGAAAUAAUGUUACCAUUGUAUAUAUCCUCCUGGGUGUUCUAGCUUUUUGAGGCAGCAAAUGUACCCCCCUCGUCAUGAUGCCUAGUCAGGAUAUUCACAGAACGGUGGGAGAGACAAUGAUAAGCUUCCCAUUCCCUUUCCCAGCCAAACUGGACUGGGGGCAGGCAGAGUGGGGUAAUGGUUCCCUCCUCCGAUGGC